GUACUAAAAAUUCAUUUCCUUUCUUGAAUUCAUAUUGUGCCCUCUUUUCAGUACACUGAAAUUCCCUACAAAUAUUUAUUUAAUAAAAUCUCUGCCAAGAUGGCUUCUUUGUUCACAACCAAAGCAAUGAUGAGUCAUCAUCAUGUUUUGUCGUCAACUAGACUCACUACUCUUUAUUCCGACAAUUCCAUCAACGAUCAACAAAUAAAAACAAAAUCCCAAGCCUCUCACCGGUUAUUUGCUCGGAGGAUCUCCGGUGCAGCCAGAGCCGUAAUCAAUUCACCGAUGCCGCCUCCGGUACCGGAGAUAGAGAAGUUGGAAGGCGAGAGACGAUGUCAUGUUGCGUGGACAAGUGUACAACAAGAGAAGUGGGAGGGUGAGCUUACUCUCCAAGGAAAGAUACCCACUUGGCUGAAUGGUACGUACCUAAGGAACGGUCCCGGUCUAUGGAACAUUGGCGACCACGAUUUCCGUCACCUCUUCGACGGCUACUCCACACUCGUCAAGCUCCAAUUCGACGGCGGUCGUGUAUUCGCCGGACACCGUCUACUUGAAUCCGACGCCUACAAAGCCGCCAAGAAACACAAUCGGCUUUGUUACCGUGAGUUCUCCGAGACUCCUAAACCGGCUAUCAGAAACAGCUUCAAGAACCCUUUCUCCGGGAUCGGAGAAAUCUUGAGGCUUUUCUCCGGUGAGUCUUUAACGGAUAACGCCAACACCGGGGUGAUCCGACUCGGUGACGGGCGGGUCAUGUGUCUCACUGAGACUCAAAAAGGAUCGAUUCUGGUCGACCAUGAGACGCUAGAAACGAUCGGUAAAUUCGAAUACGACGACGGAUUGUCCGAUCAUAUGAUCCAGUCAGCGCAUCCGAUCGUGACGGAGACGGAGAUGUGGACGUUGAUACCGGAUUUGGUUAAACCGGGUUAUCGGGUCGUGAGGAUGGAGGCCGGUUCGAAUAGAAGAGAGGUUGUGGGGCGGGUCAAGUGUCGGAGCGGGUCGUGGGGACCCGGGUGGGUUCAUUCGUUUGCGGUGACGGAAAAUUAUGUUGUGGUACCGGAAAUGCCCCUGAGGUACUCGGUGAAGAAUCUACUUAGAGCUGAGCCGACGCCACUUUACAAGUUCGAGUGGUGUCCCCAAGACGGAGCUUUCCUUCAUGUCAUGUCCAAACUCACCGGAGAAGUCGUAAGAGUCGAUAAUGUGGCGAGUGUGGAGGUUCCAGCGUACGUUACGUUUCACUUCAUAAACGCGUACGAAGAUGAAGAUGAGAAUGGUGCUACCGUCAUCAUUGCAGAUUGUUGCGAACAUAACGCAGAUACUCGGAUACUCGAUAUGCUCCGUCUCCAUACCUUACGUUCCUCCCAUGGUCAGGACGUUUUACCCGAUGCUAGGAUCGGGAGAUUUAGGAUACCGUUGGACGGGAGCAAAUACGGGAGACUAGAGACCGCCGUGGAGGCAGAGAAGCAUGGGAGAGCAAUGGAUAUGUGCAGCAUUAAUCCUUUGCAUUUGGGUCAAAAAUACCGUUACGUUUAUGCAUGCGGUGCUCAACGACCUUGUAAUUUCCCCAAUGCUCUCUCUAAGGUUGAUAUUGUGGAGAAAAAAGUGAAGAACUGGCAUGAACACGGAAUGAUACCAUCUGAACCAUUCUUUGUGCCUCGACCCGGUGCAAUUCAUGAGGAUGAUGGAGUGGUGAUAUCGUUAGUAAGUGAAGGAAAUGGAGGAAGUUUUGCAAUCUUGCUCGAUGGAAGCUCCUUUGAAGAAAUAGCAAGAGCCACGUUUCCUUAUGGUCUACCUUAUGGUUUACAUGGUUGUUGGAUCCCCAAACAUUGACUACAAUCUCAACAACGAUACCUUCAUUAUACAAAACACAACAUAUGUAAUAUUUAUUCAUACACAUCUGUAUAAUUAAUACAUGUUGCAGGUUUUGUAAAUUGUUGCCACUUGUAUAUGUUUUUGUUUCAUAUAGUUAAUCAUAUUAUCUGUAAUGUACAAACCCAAAAUAAAAGUAACGGAUUGGUGGAUACA